AUGCUUGUUCCAAGCUUAAAAGCUGCCUACAACGCCUUCUCCGGUGUUGGUGUUAUCUUCUUAACCAUGAGUUAUGCAUGCCCCAUCGCCGUCUCUCUGAUCUUCCGCUGUCGUGAGGAUAUCAAGAACGGCAGCUUCAACUUUGGCAUCUUCGGUCUGAUUGCCAACAGUGUUCUCGCCAUCGUCCUCUUCUGCAUGCCACCCCUGAAGGAGGUCACUUUGGAUAGCAUGAACUACGCCUCGGUGGUCUUCUUCGGGACUGUUGUCGUUGCCGCCGUCUAG